AUGGAGAAAGGAAGAUUCUUCAAGGCUUGUCUGCGCAUGAUUCACUUUAAGAGCGCUAAGGAAUGGAAGCAAUUUAUGAACCCGAAAAUAGACGGGACGAGGAUAAAGAAAAUUCGAAAUGUUAGCGAAAAUGAUAUGAUUCAUAAACAUAGAAUCCUAAAGUACCCUUAUUUCAAAAUGAAAAAAAUUGGUAGAUACAGUAAGAUACAAAAAAAUCAUAGUUACAUGUUUAAUAGAGACAUUGAAAUUAUAUAUGAUUAUCGGUAUGCACCCAUUUUCAUCAAACUGAAAGAUAUCAUUUUGUUCAGUCUUAGAGGAAUUACCAUAAGAGAAAAAUGCACAGACGAUUUUUCUUUUGAAGUUUACGACUGUUUGCAAAAUAGAACUUUGGUUAAAAGGAAAAAUGAAGAGUUAGUAGCUGAAAAUCUGUUUAAGGAGAUUAUACAGAAGAUGCAACAAAAUAUUUGA